CUCAAUUUCAACCCAUCAUACGCACUGAAAAUGGCUCUCCCACCAGAACAGAUUAACAUCAAGCGCCGCCGUGAGGAGGAACCCGUGGAGACACUAUAUAUACAGUCUGCAACACGCCAGACGAAGCGUCGCUUCACGGACUAUGUCUUCGAGCGCGUUACUAUCAACAGCAAGGAUGUCGCUGAUGAUAUAGCUGGUCCCCCACCUGGGAAUCCAGCUGCCCAGCGACUUCUUCGCAGCCCUCGCUCCGUGAGUAGUCUGCACAUCCCCAAUCGCCGCGCGGGACGGGCGAUCGCAGCAAACGGCGUACCGGUCGUACGCGCUACGUCCCCGGGCGCGGAGAUUCGUGAAGCCCAGCGUAUGGCUGCUGCCCGGAAGGAGGCCGAGGAGAAGCGCCAACGAGCUCUUCAGCCUCAGCCAAUCCCCCAACCCACCCCCAGUCCGGCUCCUCCAACAACAACGGAGCUUGGCAGACCAGGCUCGCCUUCCGUGACACCCUUGUCGAGUCGCGCGCAGUCCCUUCGCCGCUUCCAGAUCUCACGCUCUAAUAGUCCAAGCCUCGGGUCACCCCGGAGUAUGGGCGGCGGUAUCCAGAAGCGUCGACCCGACGGUGCAGCCCCCGGUGUAGCGGUGCUAGUGGAGCAACUCCGGCGUCAGCCGCACUCGCGUCAAGCCUCGAUGGUAUCAGGACUUGUGGACCGAGCACGCGUUGAUGCAGCCGAGCCAGAACAACCCGAACAAAUUCCCGUUAAACCGCGCAAGCGGCCCGUCGUGAAUCAGGCUGAGAAAAAGUGGCGCGCAGAGCGCCAGGGUGCUAUUACUGCUGCGAAGCAGCAUAUCUCGGAGGUAUUGGAGAACUCGGCGCAGCAGACGCACCAGAGUACCUGGGAAGAGGAGUCCGAGCGUCUGGUGAAGGAUUUGGAGCAGGUUGCGCUUGAGUUAGAGCAUGAGCAUGAAAUGGAGGUUGAUGAGCAUAGCCUGGACUUUACGCCAGCGCAGCCUCACCAGGCCCAGAUCGCAUUUGCGCCUACGCCUGUAUCCCCGCCGAAGCCGAUGAAGUACCAGCCUCGAGCACCGAAACAGCCUCGCAGUGUGCCGCAAAAGCCGACUCCAGGGACGGGGAUGGAGGGUGUUCCUGGCGUUGGUACCGGAGCUACCUCGGCUGUCAUCGAGGAUAAUGAAGAUGACUACGUCUACGACGUGUAUAUUCGUCGGCCGCUGUCAGAAAGCGACAUGCUCAUCAACCCACUCGCAGAGCUAGAGAGCGAGCAGCAGCUCCAACAACUUGAAGCCAUGAGUCGGGGAAUCGGAGUCAUUGUCAUCACCGCCGAGGAUGAAGAAUACUGGGAAAACUUUGUGGAAGACGAAGAAGAAGUCUGGGAUAGCGAGGACGCGGACUCAAACGCCGAAAAUAACCCUGCCAACGAAUACCCCGACGAGGAACUCUCGGACUCCGAUGAAGAAGACGAUCCCACUGCCAUAUACCGCAAAUACCGGCAUCGUGCUACAUCCGAUGACGAGGAAUUCGAUAUUGAUGACUCCGGUAGUGAGGGUGGUGCCCGGUAUGGAUCUGGGUAUGGAUUCUCGCAGCGGUAUGGUGGGGAUCGGGAUUCGGAUGAGGAUAGUUAUUGAUUUGGUGUGUUUUUCAAUGGUUUUUUCUUAAUUCUCGAAUUUCGUGCACUGAAGCUAUGGCGCUCAGUAUGUAUGUGUUAUUAUGAGCGUCGCCUCUGUUUCUGUUCCUGCAUGGAUGUAGAUGUCUUUGUUUUUGACAGAUAUCAGAUGUGGCGUUUGUAUCGUACUGGCUAAUAACUACGUGGAUUUCACGGUGGUUGAAUGAACAAUACCCAACAUUUAGUGCGCUUGAAUCCAUUGUCCGUUCAGAAG